AUGUUCUAUAAACGCUCAGAGAAAGGUAAGAUAUCCAUCUUCAUUGUCUACGUGGAUGACAUAAUUCUAACAGGUGAUGAUCAUGAGGGAAUAACAGACCUAAAGAAGAAAAUGGCGCGAGACUUUGAGAUCAAGGACUUGGGUAUGUUAAAAUACUUCCUUGGUAUGGAGUUCUCAAGAUCAAAGGAAGGGAUCUUUGAAAACCAAAGGAAAUACAUCCUUAAUCUCCUCAGGGAGACUGGUCUUCUAGGUUGCAAAGCAGCGGAGACUCCUAUUGACGCCAACUUGAAACUUGAUCCUGCUAAAUCUGAAGUUGUGAUUGACAGAGAGAAGUUCCAGAGACUAGUGGGGAAGUUGAUUUACUUGUCACAUACACAUCAUAAUAUAGCAUUCGCUAUGAGCAUGGUAAGCCAUUUUAUGCACACACCAGGACAAGUACAUUUUGAUGCAGGCUAUAGAAUUCUAAGAUACCUGAAGGGAACUCCUAGAAAGGGUCUUAUGUUUAGAAGACAUAACGAUCUACAAAUUGAAGUCUAUACAGAUGCAGAUUGGCCCGGUAGCACUACUGACAGGCGAUCGACUUAA